GGUGGUUGGUCAAAAUGGUAUACACAAUCCAGAUGCAGCGGAACAUGUGGUAGGGGAGUAAUAACAUACAUCCGGUAUUGUAACAAUCCAACUCCAGCUUACGGAGGCCGCAAUUGUCAUGGGCCAUCGACUAAGUAUAAAGCUUGCAAAUUACAGCCAUGUCCAGUAAACGGUGAUUGGUCAGGAUGGUAUACACAAUCCAGAUGCAGCGCAACGUGUGGUAGGGGAGUAAUAACAUACAUCCGGUCAUGUAACAAUCCUACUCCAGCUUACGGAGGCCACAAUUGUCAUGGGCCAUCGACUAUGUUUAAAACUUGCAAAUUACAGCCAUGUCCAGUUGACGGCGGUUGGUCUAGUUGGCAAAAUCCAACGCAGUGUAGUGUCACGUGUGGUGGAGGAUUGAGAACACGGACUCGAACGUGUAACCACCCAACUCCAACAAAUGGCGGCCACCAGUGUCAGGGGAGAUCACUCCAGAGGGAACAUUGCAAUACAAACCCAUGUCCAGUAAACGGUGGAUGGUCAAGUUGGCAAAAUCCAUCGCAGUGUACCAAGACGUGUGGCGGGGGAAUGAGAGUACUGACACGGACGUGUACCAAUCCAACCCCAGCCAAUAAUGGUCAUCAUUGUUGGGGAAGCUCACUCAAAAUCGAACACUGUAACACUUAUACGUGCCCAGGUACAAAGCACAUUCUUUGUUUUUUGCCAUCAGCCCCCACGACACUACCAACUACCAUACCAUCAUCAACACCACGAACUGCAACAACGACCCCGCGAACUACCACAACGACACUGCCAACUACCACAACGACACCGUCAACAACCACUACGGCACCGCUAACUACCACUACGACACCAGCAACAACCACUACGACAACACUAACUACCACUACGACACCAACAACAACCACUACGAAAUCACCAAGUACCACUACGACACCACCAACUAUCACUACGACACCAGCAACAACCACUACGACACCGACUACCACUACGAAACCAACAACUACCACAACGACACCGACAACAACCACUACGAAAUCACCAAGUACCACUACGACACCAGCAACUUCAAUUACGACACUACUAACCAUCAAACCAACACCACAAACUACCACUACGACACCACCAACUACUACUACGACACAACCAACAACCACCAAACUUCAAUUAACAACAGCAAAGUCGACACCAACUACAACAAAAGCAAGAUUUUUUACAAUACGAGCCUUACCAUUAAAUGAAAAUAAACAAACAUUGUAACAGUAAUGCAUAAGCAUUACACGUCAUCUACCGGUUUGUAUUUCUUUAUGAAAGCUUCGAAGCAUACAAUUAUUUAAGAAUGAAAUGAGAUGUUACAUGUAUUCUUCAAUACAAGAUAACAGAACAGAGGAAAUUCAAACAUUACAGCUGAUAUCGAAAUUAAAUAUAAAAUGAGUAAAAUAACUCUUUAUUUUUUCUCCUUAAAUUUCGCCAACUCAAGUAUGUAAUCGCUGGUUAAUAUUUGUUUAAACAAUGCACUGUUAUGCACAAUAUCAUUUCCUACCGUCUUCUGUACCAAGAAUCAAAUUAAACAGUGAAUAUUGAACAGAAUGGAGUGUAAAAAAGUAAUUUGCUAAAAAAUAUGUCGAUCAGACGCUAAAAGGUAUAAUUUUGAUCUGUUAUUUACAUUUUUAAUCUGUUCAGCAAGUUUCGCAGGGGUGUUAAGGAAGCAUAUGGAAUCUGAGUUACAUGUUAUUCCGUGAAUUCACAAAUCUUAUUAUGUACAUAUUCAAAUAUCUAAGCAACGGCAACAGUUUACGUGCGAAGGGAUACUUGAAGCAUGCUAAAUAUAUUUGUGCCUAUUUCGUAAAGUAAAUUGAGGUUAAAUCUUUCAAUGCGUUGACAUUUUCACUCGUGACCGUGGUUUUACGUUGUUUUGAAUUUCGUUUAUGCUUUUUAACUUGAGGGGAAAUAUUGCCUGUAUUUUGGAAUUUUUACGUAUCGAAUCAAAUAUAGACUUCGGUAAAUCAGACAGUUCAUUGUUUACCUGCGCAAAAUGAGCAAAAUCUGAUGCACUAACGACAUUUUAUAUUAUAAAUACUAUACAUUCUAUUGGUAAUUC